CCUCCCCCCGGGCCGACGCGGAAACGCCCGGCUUCCCCCAGCUUCCCGGCCGGGCCGGGGCCCCCAGCUCUCCCCCGUCUGGGUCCCCCUUGGGCGGGGCAGGGCCGGCCGGGGAGGGGGCGCGGGGCCUUUGUUAGGGAGCCAGGCCCCAGCCCCCGGGACAAUAGAGACACCCUCCUGGACUCCUCUCCCCGGCCGGCCGGGGCUGCUGGCGGGCGGGGAAGGAGAGGGGCCGGGACGCGUCCCACUCUGUCCACUCUCUGGGGGUCGGUCUGUCCCGGCCCGGUGCCGGCCCCGGCGGCUCGGCUCUCCUCCCCCCAGUCGGUAUGAUGCAGCAGCAGUGCCGCAGGGACGGGGGAAGAGCCGAGGCCCGGCCUCCUACCCUUCCCAGUGCCCCCGGCUCAUUCGUCAGUCCCCACCCCACUCUAGGCCGGCGGCUCCUGAAACUCGUACCCACCGUUCCGAGGGGCCCUGGGCUGUGGGUGCUGUGUCUCAAUCCUUGGGUGGGGGUUCCUGGACUUUGGGGCUCUUGGAGAGACUUCCGGGCUGGUCCUGAGGGAGGGCGGGUGGUUAUUUAAAGGAAGAACAGGUAAGGGGAGUGCCCGUUCCUGGCGUGCCACCCCACCGGGCACCCCCCCCCCCCCCCCCCCCCCCCGCCCCGCCGCUCCUGCUCAUGGUGGCUAGAAAUGUCCCUUAGCUCUAGGCUCCUGUGAGCUCUGCUUCCCUCGUGGAGUGGCAGGCUGAUUUCAAGGGAAGGCAGAGUGGGGUGAAGGUUGUAGGGUCCUAGGGCCAUUUCUACUUCUGGUAGCAGUACCCCCCCAAGUGGACAUCCUGGCUGAAAGCAGAGCCGUGUUGCCGCCCGCUGUGCUAUGAGCAGUCAGAGCGCCGUCUCCACAAGAGUUUACAAAUGAAAAUGGAGGAAAUGUCUUUGUCUGGCCUGGAUAACAGCAAACUAGAGAUGUUCUCCCCUGGGGCCCAGGCCAUCGCUCAGGAGAUAUAUGCGGACCUGGUCGAGGAUUCUUGUUUGGGAUUCUGCUUUGAGGUACACCGGGCUGUCAAGUGUGGCUACUUCUUCCUGGACGACACGGACCCUGAUAGCAUGAAGGAUUUUGAGAUCGUGGACCAGCCGGGGUUGGACAUCUUUGGACAGGUUUUCAACCAGUGGAAGAGCAAGGAGUGUGUUUGCCCCAAUUGCAGUCGCAGCAUUGCCGCCUCCCGCUUUGCUCCCCAUCUGGAGAAGUGCCUGGGAAUGGGUCGGAACAGCAGCCGAAUCGCCAACCGCCGGAUUGCCAAUAGCAACAACAUGAAUAAGUCUGAGAGUGACCAAGAGGAUAAUGAUGACAUCAAUGACAACGACUGGUCUUAUGGCUCGGAAAAGAAAGCCAAGAAGAGGAAAUCAGACAAGAACCCCAAUUCCCCUCGAAGAUCCAAGUCUUUAAAACACAAAAAUGGGGAACUUAGCAAUUCGGAUCCUUUUAAGUAUAACAAUUCAACUGGGAUCAGCUAUGAGACCCUGGGGCCAGAGGAGCUUCGCAGCCUGCUAACCACGCAAUGUGGGGUGAUUUCUGAACACACCAAGAAGAUGUGCACAAGGUCCCUACGCUGCCCACAGCACACAGAUGAGCAGAGGCGAACCGUGCGGAUUUAUUUCCUCGGGCCCUCGGCCGUCCUUCCAGAGGUCGAGAGCUCCCUGGAUAAUGACAGCUUUGACAUGACUGACAGCCAGGCCCUGAUCAGCCGGCUUCAGUGGGAUGGCUCCUCUGACCUCUCACCCUCUGAUUCAGGCUCCUCCAAGACGAGUGAAAAUCAGGGAUGGGGUCUAGGUACCAACAGCUCUGAGUCACGGAAAACCAAGAAAAAGAAAUCCCAUCUGAGCCUGGUAGGGACUGCCUCCGGCCUAGGUUCCAACAAGAAGAAGAAGCCAAAGCCACCGGCACCCCCGACGCCCAGCAUCUAUGAUGACAUCAACUGACUUGGGUGCAAGGGAUAGCCUUUGGCUGAGCAGAGCCCUCUCUCCUGACCCCCACCCAGGUGGCAUAGCCUGGCAAAUGGACGGCUGCUGGGGGUUGGGGCUUGGGAAGCUUGGUGGGCCAGGCAGGCAGAGGAUCCAAUUAUGCGCCCCUGGGGGGUGUCAAAGUCCUCUGCAAUGGAGCACGACUCCUCAGCGUGCAGGACUCAGACCUGGACAUAUUAUGCCUUGGACAUAAGUUUGGUGGGGAGGCGGUUUUCCUAUUUAUUCUGUGAGUUACUGGAUGUCCAGCUAGGCCAGGGGCCUGACCUGGGCACUGUGCCAGGGCACUGCCUGCCCCCCACCCCAGGAACUGGACUAAGCCCUGCUGAGGGGCAAUGUGGCGACCCGGGAGGCUGUGGGUUGGAAGCUGAGCCUGGAGGGGGCCUGCCUUGGCCGCCCUCAGCAAUGUGAAUGGGUCCGGUGCUUGGAGCUGAGGGGCAAGGCUGGGCAUGUCCUGUCUGUGUGCAGAAUCCUAUCAAAUGCCCCCAGUCCCAGGGGUAGGCAGGCACAGAGUGCUGUCUGCUGAGGUGGGCGUCCAGAACUGCCGCCACCUUCCCUGCCCCUCACAGGGGCAGCCCUUUCCCCUCAGUCCCCAUGGGCCUCCUUGGCAGCAGGAGCUGUCCUUUUGUUGUUGGGUGCCAGGAAAGGGCCUCCAGCCUCUACAGCUUCAAGGAAUGGGAAAGGGAGGGUAGGAAGAGGGAGAAGUGUCAGAAUUCCUCCCCCUGUCUCUCCUCCCUGACCCAGGGCUGGUGAGGAGUGGGGCCCCAAGGUGAGAGGGAACGGUGCUGCUUUAUUUGAAAUGUUUUCUUACCUCAUUCCCUGCCCCAGGAAGGGACCCAGCCUCACCCUCCUGGGGUGGCCCCGUGUUCCUCCUGCCCAUCCUGCCCCACUGCCCUACCGGGGCAGCCCAGGUUCCCAACUGCUGCUUCCACCCCCUUCACCUUGACCGGCUUCAGUUUCUCGGCGCUCCUGCCUCCAAAGCCUGCCCUGUUUCCCUUCCUUAGCGCUUUUAAGUUAUUUAUUCUGUACUUGUGGUUUGGGGCUCUGAGGAAAAUCCUAAUCUCGUGCCUCUCCCCCUUUGCUAGGAGUCGGGUGGGAAGAGAGGGUGGCCUCUGUGCUCCGGGUUGUCAGUGGAGGGGAAGGGGUGUCAUUGCCCCUCUCUGGGACUGUCAUGCCAGUGUGCCCACCUGCCUGGUCUACAUCCUGAAGAGAUGUACUGUCCCCCCUCCAUGCGGGCACCACCACUCCCAGGAGCCAAGCUGGAGGACUGCGACCUGGGCUGGGAGCAGAGCUGACUGACACGGGUGGAGGUGACCCUGAGCCAAGUUCUCUGGCACUUCCUGGACAUGUCCCCUGCCCUCUUCCCAAGAGGAGCCAUCCCACAUUUGGGUAGCUAGUACCCAGGACUGGUUGGACUGAUCGGGUUAGGGACCCUAGAGGGUUAAGGGAACAAGAGAUGGGGCUGCAGUGCCCUGUCUGGAACUCCGCUCUCCCCCUGGGGUGGUUCUGAUUGUGGCUCAUGCCUGGUUGCAAAUUGGUUUUUAACCCACAAAUUGUGAUUAUUUUUUAAAAAGCCAAACAUUUUGGCAGGAGUUAGAAUAAAUCCUGGGGCCUGGGCUCCUCCGUUCUUGGCCCUCCGUAGCCUUCUCCCUCCGAGGGGAGGCCGGAGGGAGAGGAGGAUCUCAGCAGGCCUCCAGCCGCUUCCAGAUGCAGUCUGGGGAGUGGGCUGAAGGUGAAGGGAGGAAGGCUGUGGGCCACUCUCCCUUCUGAGAGGCAGCUGCAGCUCAGGCCCUAAUACACUCUUUGCCCUGUGGCUUCUCCCUUUUUCCCCCUUCUGGUUGGAGGAGGGAGAAGUGGGAAGUAGUUUGGGAACUGGUUUGUCCACAUAAACUUCCCCAUUGUUCCUUGGCCCGCCCUCAGGGCAGAGCCCCCUGCCCAGGCUGGGUAAGAGAUGGGCUUGGUCCAGCAGGGACCCUGAGGGAACAAACCCUUUUCCUUCUGGGGAGAGAGUGCCCCCCUACCAUGUAGUUGAACAGGGGCUAGGAGCUCCCCACUCCCCUCCCUUUAACAGCAGGCUGUGUGGGUUUCAAUUCCCAUCCUUCCCACCCCGGCUAGGUGUCGUCCGCCCUGUAUCCUAUCAUGUGUCUGAGUGUGUGUGGGGGGGUUCUGUACUAAUUUCCAUGGCCGGUGGCUUUUCCUUCCAUGCAUCACUCCCCCCCGCAUGCCCAGGGGCCACCCGCCUGGCAUUACCGCAUGCUGGGGUCAUUGGGGGAGGGGGGUGGGGCUCACGCUGUCCUGUGGUCUUGAGAUUUUUAUUUUUGCAUAUGUAAUCCAUUCUGUACAGGUAGCUAACUUUGUAAACGCUGUGUAUUCCCUCUGCCCCCAUGGCUGCUGGUGUAAAUAAACUGCAUCUCCCGUUGGUA